AAAAACGGCGGCGCCAGUUGAGAGUGGUGCUGUGGGCCCAAUGUCAGAACAACCCAAAAAAGCUCUUUUCAAGCACAAAUCAUGGUCUCCUGACAUUCAACGUGAAGAAAUUUGGCUCAAACGUAAGAGAACUAACCGUAUGCGCCUCGCCGCCAUCCGCCGUUCCAUGAGCCUCCCCGCCGCUGCUGCCGCUGACGACCGUCGUUCAACGAGCGUCACCGACGAGGACGUCGAAGAACUCCGUGCUUGUUUUGAGUUAGGAUUCGGGUUUGACCCGUCGGAUGAUUUGGAUCCGAAGCUUACGAAAGCUUUUCCCGCUUUGGAGCUUUAUCAAGCUGUGAAUAAGUUAUCCAGAUCUUCUUCUUCGGUUUCGACGGUAGCUUCCGAUUCAUGUGAAACUCCGUCCUCAGUUAAAAGCUCCGUUUCCAUUGUUGAACCAGGUGAUGAUGCGGAGACAGCGAAGAUGAGGCUGAAACAAUGGGCACAAGUGGUGGCACUUUCAGUGCGUCGAUCACCUUCCUUCUAAUAUUUUCCUUUUUUGGAUAUACUUCGGAAGGAAGAAAUUAAACUGGUAUUUAGAAUUUAAAGUUAUUGAUAUUCCAUAUCAGAAUUAAAUAUCACUAGAUUCGAAACUCUCUGUUGUAAGAGUAGAUGCAAACAAGAUGUAUAAAUAUAUAUAUCUGUUUGAAAUUGUUCAAUUAUAUAAA